GCUUUGCAGAGAGGAUACCAAGGCAAUGCCAAGGUGCUUACGGUGAAGUUACAGACAGUUCGUAGAAGGUAUGAAGGUAUGGUCAUGAAAGAAGGUGAGAACUUAUCUGAUUUCUUUACCCAGAUGACAGAAAUUGUCAAUCAAAUGAGAAAAUAUGGUGAUGAUGUGCCCGAGCAAAAGGUGGUUGAAAAAAUUCUUAGGAGCUUGCCUAAGAAAUAUGACCAUAUUGUGGCUGCCAUAGAAGAGUCAAAGGAUUUAUCUGUGUUAACAACAGAUGAGCUGCUCGGUUCUCUUUUUUCUCAUGAAGACAGGAUGAAGAGGUACGAGGAUCCUGUGGAGAAUGCUUUCUACAACAAGCUACAGCUGCCCAAAAACAAAUAUGGAGGGAGCUCUUCAGAGUUUAGUAACAGAGGUGGAUUCAAUAGAGGACAAUGUGCAAUCCGAGGUGGAAGAAGAGGUCGUGGAGGUCGGUUUGGCAGCAUUAGGCAUCAACAGAGAGCCAAUGAAAGAAGUGACUACCAGAGUUCAAUUCAGUGCUUUGUUUGUAAGAGGUAUGGCCAUAUUGCUAAAGAUUGUAGAAUUAAAGAUAAGCAAGCCAAUUUUGCACAAGAAAAGGAUGAUGAAACUGAAAGCUUAUUUCUUGCUUGCUACACUGCUAAAGAAAGUGUUCCAGAUGUUUGGUAUGUGGACAGUGGCUGCAGCAAUCACAUGACAGGAAACAUUAAUCUCUUCAUCAACCUGGACAAGUCAAUGAGCAAAACGAUAACCAUGGGUGAUGGUACCAUACGAGAAGCACAAGGAAAAGGCAUGGUUAAAUUGGAUGAACAUGGCAAGAAUUGUAUAGAUGAUGUCCUGUUCGUACCUCAUUUGGAUUCUAAUUUGCUAAGUGUGGGUCAGUUUAUGAUGGAUGGAUAUUCACUUGUUUUUGAAAAUAUGGCUUGCUAUGUUUACAAAGAUGGAACUAAAAAGGAGCUUUUAAUUAAAGUUCCAAUGGCAAAAAACAAGUGUUUUCCUUUAACUCUUGACUGUGAGUCUGCAUUGAAUGUCACUUUGCAUGAUGAAAAUUGGUUGUGGCAUCAUAGAUACGGGCAUUUGAAUUUCCAGGGGUUGGUACAUUUGUCAAAACAGAAUUUAGUGCUUGGUUUGCCUAUCAUUGAACAAGUUGAUGGUGUGUGUGAAAGCUGUGUCUAUGGCAAACAGCAUCGAGAUGCUUUUCCCAAAGGAAAGGCGAGAAGAGCUUUGAAACCUGCUGAGUUGAUACAUGCAGAUGUUUGUGGGUCAAUGAAUACCUUGUCUCUCAACAAAAGCAUGUAUUUUAUUGUCUUUGUUGAUGAUUUUAGUAGACUGACAUGGGUUUACUUUGCCAAAGAAAAGUCAGAUGCCUUCCCAAUCUUUAAAAAAUUCAAAGCUCUUGUUGAAAAGCAAAGUGGAUGUUCAAUCAAAGUUUUGCGGACAGAUCAAGGUGGGGAAUUUGUUUCAGCUGAAUUUAAUAAAUUUUGUGAAGAUUUCGGCAUCAAAAGGCAGUUGACAGCAAGUUAUACCCCUCAACAAAAUGGGGUAGCCGAAAGGAAAAAUAGAAGCCUUGUGGAGAUGGCAAAAAGCAUGCUGAAAGCAAAAGGUCUUCCAAACAGUUUCUGGGCAGAAGCAAUUCACACCGCAGCUUAUAUUCAGAAUCGCAGUCCCACAGCAGCUCUGCAUCAUCAAACUCCUUUCGAAGCUUGGCAUGGCUGGAAGCCCAAGGUAGCUCACUUUAAAAUUUUCGGGUGUCUAGCUUAUGUCCAUGUUCCAUCUCAAAAAAGGACAAAAUUUGAAGAAAAUAGUGUGAAGUGCAUUUUUCUUGGUUAUAGUGAUGAAACUAAAGGUUACAGAUUUUAUAAUCCUAUUACCAAGAAGUUACUAAUCAGUCGUGAUGUGAUUUUUGAUGAGAAAAAUUCAUGGAAUUGGAAUGAGAAGAAAAGUCUAGGUUCUGUGUUGGUUGAUGGCAUUUUGGAGGCUGAUCCAGUGAUGACAGAAGGUGAAAUGAGUGAAGGUCAAAGUUCCUCUACACCUAAUAGUGGCAGCAGAUCAUGUCCAUCCUCACCUGAGACACCUCCAGCGCCAAGGAAAGCAAGGAGAGUAAGAUCCUUGGUGGAAAUCUAUGAACAAACGCAAAGGUGUCAAAUGGCACAUGUGGAGGAGCCUAGCUGUUUUGAGGAAGCAACGCAGAACAGAAAAUGGUGCAAAUCUAUGGAUGAGCAAAUGAAGGCCUUGGAAAGAAAUCAAACAUGGGAGCUUGUGGACUUGCCUAAAGACAACAAAGUUGUAAGUCUGAAGUGGGUAUACAAGACCAAGUACAAUUCUGAUGGGUCAGUUCAUAAACACAAGGCUCGAUUGGUUGCUAGAGCUUUAGCUGCUCAACAUAAGUGGUCUGUUUUUCAGUUUGAUGUGAAGUCAGCUUUCUUGAAUGGAUUCUUGGAGGAAAAUGUGUAUGUACAGCAGCCUCAGGGUUAUGAAAUUGAAAGACAGGAGCAGAAAGUGUACAAGUUGAAGAAAGCACUUUAUGGUCUGAAGCAAGCACCAAGAGCUUGGUAUGAAAGAAUUAAUGCUCAUUUUUGCAGCCAUGGAUUUCAUAAAAGUCCAAGUGAGCCUACUUUGUAUGUUCAGACCAGAGGUGGAGAUGAGGUGGUUCAAAAUGGUGAGGGAAUUUUUAUUUCCCAAGAGAAAUAUGCUAAAGAUCUCUUUAAGAAGUGCAGAAUGGAAGAUUGCAACUCAGUGGGAACUCCAAUGGUUUCUAAUCAAAAGUUCAGUUUGGAUGAUGGAGAAGAAAAGGUUGAUGCUCAUGCCUAUCGCAACCUUAUUGGGAGUCUUCUUUAUCUCACGAACAGUAGGCUUGAUAUUACUUUUGCCACCAGUAUGCUGUCUCGUUUUAUGCAGAGUCCAAGUAAGACACAUUAUGGAGCAGUGAGGAGGAUUCUAAGAUAUUUGAAGGGGACAAUCUCUUUUGGCAUUUUAUAUGCCAAAAAUGAACAAUUUAAUUUAUUUGGGUACUCUGACAGUGAUUGGGCAGGUUGUGUUGAUGACCGACGUAGUACUUCAGGUUAUGCUUUCUUUUUGGGUUCCGGUGCUAUUUCUUGGAGUUCAAAGAAGCAAGCCUCUACAGCUUUGUCAUCUUCAGAAGUAGAAUAUAUCUCCUUAACAGCAGCAGCGUGUCAAGCCACAUGGACAAGAAGAAUUCUGAAGGAUAUGAAGCAAGUAUAAGUGCAGCCAACAACAAUAUUUUGUGACAAUCAAUCGACCAUUGCGAUGACAAAAAAUCCAGUAUUCCAUAGUCGAACUCGUCACAUUGAGACUCGGCACCAUUUCAUAAGGGAGUUAGUGGCGAGUGGAGGCUUGGAAGUUGUUCACUGCAACUCAAAGGAUCAAGUCGCUGACAUUUUUACGAAGCCACUUCCUUUGGAUAAGUUUAUCCAUUUAAGGGAUUUGCUUGGAGUUUUAAAUUUCAGCAUUAAGGGGGAGCAUGUUACAAUAUAAUGCUGAAAUGGGU